GCAGGGCUCAGGAGGGGCACGAGCAUGGAGCGGCUUUGGGGUCUACUCCAGAGAGCGCAAAGGUUGUCCCCAGGACCCUCUCAGACCAUCUACAAGCGUGUGGAGGGCACCCAGCAGGGGCCCCUGGAGGAGGAAGAGGAAGACAGGGAGGAGGGGACCGAGCCACCGGCCCACUUCUUCCCCAUGGAGCUGAGGGGCCCCGAGCCCCUGGGCUCUCGACCAGCUCGGCAAAACCCCAGACUCUGGGCAGCAGCGGGACGAAGAGCCACCCCCUACCUGGUCCUGACAGCCCUACUGAUCUUCACUGGGGCCUUCCUCCUGGGCUACGUGGUCUUCCGGGGGUCCUGCCAGGCAUGUGGGGAUGACGUGAUGGUGGUCAGCGAGGACAUGAACCAUGAGCUGGGCCCGGACUCCCACCAGGGCACAUUGUACUGGAGCGACCUCCAGGCCAUGUUUCUGCGGCACCUGGGGGAGGGGCGUCUGGAAGAUACCAUCAGGCAAACCAGCCUUCGGGAAAGGGUAGCCGGCUCGGCCGGGAUGGCAGCCCUGGUUCAGGACCUCCGCGCGGUGCUCUUGAGCCAGAAGCUGGACCACGUGUGGAUGGACACGCACUACGUGGGGCUGCAGUUCCCGGACCCGGCUCACCCCAACGCCCUGCACUGGGUGGAUGCCGCCGGGAAGCAUGGGGAGCAGCUGCCACUGGAGGACCCGGACGUUUACUGCCCCUACAGCGCCACGGGCAACGCCACGGGAGAGCUGGUGUACGCCCACUACGGGCGGCCGGAGGACCUGCAGGACCUGCGGGCCCGGGGCGUGGAGCCGAAGGGGCGCCUCCUGCUGGUGCGCUUGGGGGUGAUCAACUUUGCCCAGAAGGUGGCCAGUGCCCAGGACUUUGGGGCCCAAGGAGUGCUCAUAUACCCGGACCCGGCAGACUUCUCCCAGGGCCCACACAAGCUUAGCCUGUCCAGCCACCGGGCUGUGUAUGGACAUGUGCACCUGGGAACGGGAGAUCCCUACACACCUGGCUUCCCUUCCUUCAAUCAAACCCAGUUCCCUCCGGUCCAGUCCUCGGGCCUCCCCAGCAUCCCAGCCCAGCCCAUCAGCGCGGACACUGCCUCCCUCCUACUGAGGAAGCUUGAAGGCCCUGUGGCCCCCCAGGAAUGGCAGGGGCACCUCCCAGUCUCCCCUUAUCGCCUGGGCCCUGGGCCAGGCCUGCACCUAGGGGUCAACAACCACAGGGCCUCCACCCCCAUCAGCAACAUCUUUGGCUGCAUCGAGGGCCGCUCAGAGCCAGAUCACUAUGUUGUCAUUGGGGCCCAGAGGGAUGCAUGGGGCCCAGGAGCAGCCAGGUCCGCCGUGGGGACCGCCAUACUGCUGGAGCUGGUGCGGACCUUUUCCUCCAUGGUGAGCAAUGGCUUCCGGCCCCGCAGAAGUCUUCUCUUCAUCAGCUGGGAUGGUGGUGACUUUGGGAGUGUGGGCUCCAUGGAGUGGCUGGAGGGCUACCUCAGCGUGCUGCACCUCAAAGCCGUAGUCUAUGUGAGCCUGGACAACGCAGUGCUGGGGGAUGACAAGUUCCACGCCAAGACCAGCCCCCUUCUGAUCAGCCUCAUCGAGAACAUCCUAAAGCAGGUGGACUCUCCUAACCGCAGUGGGCAGACCCUCUUCGAGCAGGUGGUGUUCAACAAUCACAGCUGGGAAGCUGAGGUGAUCCGGCCGCUGCCCAUGGACAGCAGUGCCUAUUCCUUCACGGCCUUUGCGGGGGUCCCUGCCGUUGAGUUCUCCUUCAUGGAGGAUGGCCCGAUGUACCCGUUCCUGCACACGAAGGACGACACCUAUGAGAACCUGCACAGGGUACUGCGGGGCCGCCUGCCUGCCGUGGCCCAGGCUGUGGCCCAGCUCGCCGGGCAGCUCCUCAUCCGGCUCAGCCACGAUCACCUCCUGCCCCUCGACUUCGGCCGCUAUGGGGAUGUGGUCCUCAGGCACAUCGGCAGCCUCAAUGAGUUCUCUGGGGACCUCAAGGCCCGCGGGCUGACCCUCCAGUGGGUGUACUCGGCGCGGGGGGACUACAUCCGGGCGGCCGAGAAGCUGCGGAAGGAGAUCUACAGCUCGGAGGAGAGCGACGAGAGACUGACGCGCAUGUACAACGUGCGCAUUAUGCGGGUGGAGUUCUACUUCCUGUCCCAGUACGUGUCGGCGGCCGACUCACCGUUCCGCCACAUCUUCCUGGGUCGCGGAGACCACACGCUGGGUGCCCUGGUGGACCACGUGCGGCUGCUGCGCUCGAGUGGCCCUGGGGCCCUUGGGGAGGAGGCCCAGGUGGCGCGGGGCCUGGGCUUCCAGGAGAGCCGCUUCCGGCGCCAGCUGGCCCUGCUCACCUGGACGCUGCAGGGGGCAGCCAACGCGCUGAGCGGGGACGUCUGGAACAUCGAUAACAACUUCUGAGGCCCGUGGUAUGGUGGGGUCACGGCACAUGCCCCUGACCCCUGCCGAGAGCGCCUGCUCUCCCUUCGAGUGAUUUCUGGGUGACCGAGAUGCCUGUGCACCACCUCCCGUUGCUGACUCAUUUUUAGCCCUUACCGUACCUCCAAGGGCCCCAGCAAUGACGCCAGCGCAGACCCACACACACCCCAGGCCCUGCAACGUAGGAGUAGGUGAGCAGUGCCUUCCAUAAUGGGAUGGUCAUACUGUCAGCUAAUCAGGGAGCAGCAUCUGCUCUCUCAAUCACAGCCCCUUCCUCUUCAGGAGCAGGGUCCCCCCUCUACAGCUAGAGACUACUCUGGAAGGUUUCCUGGGACCUGGCCAGCCUUCUUGGUGGGAAAGAUCCGCUGCGACCAUAACUUUAUGGCCAACCCAUGUCGUGCAGUGGGAGGGGCUGGGGUUUGAACCUCAAUAAAC